AGCUAUUAUCCGUCGUCGGGUUCGUUGACACCUUCAACACCUCGCACGUAUAGCACAUCGUUGCACGGAAGUCAUUUAUCGAUGGCCAGCUGGUCGCCGUGUUCCACUCGGUCGAUAUCGCCAUGCGGCUCGCCGCUAUAUUUGCAAGGUUCCUGGGCUUACGACGUGCUUUAUCUCCCACCUAGCCUCGAGCGAUCCAUUAUGAUCCAGAAAGGAGCUCUUUCACUUGGCAUCGUUCUGGACGCAGAAGCGGAUAGGGGUAUCAAUGGAUGCCAGGUGAAAAAUAUAUGCAGCAAAAAAGCAAUCGGACGCGACGGCAGGGUUCAGGUAAAUGAUUACAUCGUGAAAGUGAAUACGGAAAGUCUGCGGAAUGUGACGAAUUCGAAAGCACGAGCAAUAUUGAAGCGCACCAAUCUGAUCGGCACGCACUGCAACAUAACUUACAUCACUGCCUCGGAUGCAAAACUGUGGAAGGAAAGAUGCCAGCAAGAAGCAGACUACCAGCUACCAGUGGUUAACAGGCUUUCACCCAAGGUCUUUCCGAAGUUUUACCGCAGUCCGUACAUGGAAAGGAAACCCAUCAAAAGUGCCGAGAAGGAAAGCUCUUUUGAUAGUGAUGGACGAAGUUCAGGGCAUUCCGGAGCGCUAGAUACUUCUGCAUUUACAGAAGUGCUUAAGAAACAAUCAGUUGGUGCUCUCAUUGAUGGUACAACUAUCGAGCAGUUCGCUUACGAUUUUGUGCAGGAUGCUCGGUUGUUAAACACCACUUAA